CUUGUAUGAGCAUUUUUCACUCUUGAAAAGAAAUGAGAUCGUGUUUCAUUUCAGGAAGAUCUAUGCUUCAGAACUACUUUAAAAUCAACUUGCCAACUCCCCAAUCAAAGGGAAAUUCUUGUACUCUGUUAUAACAUCAUCAAGGAGGUAUUUGGAGCAGAGACAAACCCUCUCAGUUACAUAAAAUAAAGAAUGGCAUAUUGUUGGAAAACAGAUUUAAAUCCCAGUGAAUCAUAUGAAGAACAGCAUGAGCACCAAGAAUUGUCCUCGGCAAAUCAACCCCUUUGUGCUAGCCAAGUCAGCCUGGGUUUUGAUCAGCUAGUAGAUGAGAUCAGUAAUAAAAUCCCGCUCUAUCAGAGUGAAAUUGAAGAAAACACAAUUUUUGUGCCCAGUGCACCAAAGUGGAACUCAAAAAAACAUUCAUUAGAUGAAACACAGCAAAUAUCCUUGAAUGAAUUCACAUCUAAAAGCUCAGAACUCUCCUGUCACCAGGUCAGGCAAACACCAGUAAUUGGUUUUAGGCAUUCUGUGCUACCAAACCCUCAGAACAUGAAUAAAGAAAGCUCUUGGGGAAACCCCAUAGGAAAAUGCCAUGGUCCCAAUGAUUACAGAUUCAAUACUUUAGCUCCAUCAUCCACUAGUUUGGAUAAAAUUAAUUCACAAAUAGAAUUACAAAAUGAAAAUCAUAACUAUCCUAUAGGGUUUGAAAGUAGCAUUCCUUCUACAUAUCCAUCCUGCUCAACUGACUUCAUGCCAAGAGAAAAGAAUAAAACGAGUGGAACUAUGAACAUUGUGGAACCUUCUCCAAUGCUUUUUGAAUGUUCUUUUCUACCAAAGAUAUGGGAAAGUACAUGGCCAAAGAAAAUAGAGCUGAUAGGUUGUUCCAUUCAGCUAGUUGAAGUACCUCAAGGCAGUAAUAUGAGUCUGGCCUCCUUUUGUGACAAAGUGAAAAGAAUCAGAGAAACAUAUCAUGCCGCUGAUAUUAAUUCCAACUCGGGGAAGAUCUGGAGCACUACUACCACAUUUCCAUAUCAACUCUUUUCUGAUACAAAGUUUAGUAUAAAUAUUCGUAUUGAAAACUCAACACAACUACUUCAUUUUAUGCCACAUGCUAAUUAUCUUGUCAAAGACCUGAUUGCUGAAAUUCUACAUUUUUGUACAAAUGACCAGUUAACUCCAAAAGAUUAUCUUCUAAGUAUAUGUGGCUUUGAAGAAUUUUUACAGAAUGAUUACUGUUUGGGGAGCCACAGAAUAUUUCAGAAAGAUAAAUCUGUUAUUCAGCUUAAUCUGCAGAAAAAUAAGGAAGGUCCAGGAAAGUUAUCUCGAAAGCAUGAAGAUGACCACAGUCAGUUUUAUCUGAACCAACUUUUGGAAUUUAUGCAUAUCUGGAAAAUAUCCAGACAGUGCCUCUCAACAGUAAUAAAAAAAUAUGACUCCCACCUGAAAUACCUUUUGAAAAUACAGCAAAAUGUGAAUAAUAUUAUUGAAGAAGUGAAAAAUAUAUGCAGUGUUCUGGGAUGUGUGGAGACCAAACAAAUUACAGAUGCUGUAAAUGAACUAAAUCUAAUUCUUCAGGGAAAAGCAGAGAUGACCCAAUUUCUAUCAUUCUCCACCCCACCAGGCUUAAUAGAGAAAGUGACAACGGAACUAUCCACAUCCAUCUACCAGCUAAUUGAUGUCUACUGCAGCAGCUUUUAUGCAGAUUUCCAGCCUCUAAAUGCAUCAGAUAGUGUUCCCUUUGUAAAUCCUGGGCUCCAUUCCCACCUUAGCUUCACAGUGUAUGCAGCUCACAACAUUCCAGCUACCUGGGUGCACAGGAUCAAUUUUCCUCUUGAACUAAAGUCACUUCCAAGGGAAUCCAUGCUCACUAUAAAACUGUUUGGGAUUAUCUGUGCAACCAACAAUGCAGAAUUACUGGCCUGGACUUGUCUUCCCUUGUUUCCAAAAGACAAAUCCAUUCUUGGGUCUAUGCUAUUCAGCAUGACAUUACAGAGUGAGCCUCCCAUAGAAAUGAUCGCUCCGGGAGUGUGGGAUAUAAGUCAGCCAUCCCCAGUGACCCUGCAGAUUGACUUUCCAGCUACUGAGUGGGAGUAUAUGAAACUUGAUUCUGAAGAGAACAGAACGAAUCUUGAAGAAGCACCGAAAGAGUGUUUAAAACAUAUUGCCAGGCUUUCACAAAAACAGUCUCCCUUACUACUCUCUGAGGAAAAGAGAAGAUACUUAUGGUUUUAUCGUUUCUACUGCAAUAAUGAAAACUGCUCCCUUCCUUUGAUCCUGGGUAGUGCCCCUGGAUGGGAUGAAAAAACUAUUUCAGAAAUGCAUACCAUUUUGAGAGGAUGGAAAUUUUCUCACCCUUUGGAGGCACUUGGACUUUUGACUUCCAGUUUUCCAGAUCAAGAAAUUCGUAAAGUGGCAGUUCAACAAUUAGACAACCUCUUAAAUGAUGAACUACUGGACUAUCUCCCACAGCUAGUUCAGGCUGUCAAGUUUGAAUGGAACCUUGAAAGUCCUCUAGUGCAACUCCUAUUACACCGCUCAUUGCAAAGCAUCCAGAUCGCCCAUCGUCUCUACUGUGGUUGUUUUGCCAAUGCUUUUGACAAUGACAAGAAACAAAGGAGAAAAGUAACCAUCACACUUGAAGUGGCAAGCAAUUGCAAUUCCUUGUCCAUCGUCUCUGAUUUUCCAUCAAGGACCACUAUGGGUUCACUGUCAAAGCUGGCUGACUCAGUGUGGGACGUGCUGAAGAAAGAGCUUAGAAGACUAGAAGAAUUCUUUCAGUGUAUAAAUACCUGUCACCUUCCACUGAACCCUGCCCUCUAUAUAAAGGGGAUUGAUUAUGAUGCAUGUUCAUAUUUCACAUCUAAUGCUUUGCCAUUGAAGAUUACUUUCAUCAAUGCUAAUCCAAUGGGCAAAAACAUCAGCAUAAUUUUUAAAGCCGGAGAUGAUCUUCGUCAGGAUAUGCUUGUUCUGCAGAUUAUUCAAGUGAUGGACAAUAUUUGGCUGCAGGAGGGCCUGGAUAUGCAAAUGAUCAUUUAUAGAUGUCUAUCCACAGGAAAAGGCCAAGGAUUGGUGCAGAUGGUGCCUGAGGCUGUAACCCUAGCAAAGAUCCACCGCCAUUCUGGACUGAUAGGGCCGCUGAAAGAAAAUACAAUCAAAAAGUGGUUCAGUCAGCACAACCACUUAAAGGCGGAUUAUGAAAAGGCCUUGAAGAACUUUUUCUAUUCCUGUGCUGGCUGGUGUGUGGUAACGUUCAUCCUGGGAGUCUGUGACCGGCACAACGACAAUAUCAUGCUGACCAAGUCAGGCCACAUGUUUCAUAUUGACUUUGGAAAAUUCUUAGGUCAUGCACAAACAUUUGGAGGGAUUAAAAGACCACAGUUUUCACAAGAUUCAUCAGAGCCCACGCUGGCUGCAGUUCCACAAAGGCAGAUCCUACACCUUUUCUCAGGCACCUGUUUUCCUGAACAUCCCAAGCCUUACGUGGAGGACAGGAGUCCCUUCCCAGAACUAUUACCCCUGCACCACUCACUACCAGGUGUCCCUGGGAUGUUUGAUUCAGGAUCUGCUAUAACUGCUGACCUAGGAGACCCCCAUGGGAUAACUUCACGAAGUGAUUGUAUACUUAAUUUCUUCCUCUCUGAGCCUGUGCAACAAACAAUUGAAGAACCAUCACCUUUGGACUUAGGUGAGAAGUUUCAUGACAAGACGCCGAAGGUGCAGUUAGUCAUAUCAUAUGAAGACACGAAGUUGACCAUACUAGUGAAACACAUGAAAAACAUUCAUCUCCCAGAUGGCUCUGCGCCCAGUGCACAUGUUGAAUUUUAUCUUUUACCAUAUCCCAGUGAAGUCCGUAGGAGGAAAACAAAACCUGUUCCAAAAUGUACUGACCCCACUUACAAUGAAAUUGUGGUAUAUGAUGAAGUUACAGAACUCCAAGGACACGUCUUAAUGCUAAUUGUGAAGAGCAAAACCACAUUUGUGGGAGCAAUUAACAUCCAACUUUGUAGUGUCCCACUCAAUGAAGAAAAAUGGUACCCACUGGGAAACAGUAUAAUUUGACCAUUACAAUGAACAUAUGCAUUAUUCAUUAACUACUUGUAUUUUUUUCCACUUCUGGGCCUCUCUAUCACAUGAGCAGGGCAUUUUUGUUGUCAAAGAUAGUGUAAUUUACUAAGGACACAAUGAAAAGGAAACAGAAUCACUCUUUUAUAGUUAUUUAUUCUCUACCUGUGUUUCAC